AAAUAAUUUCAUAAAACAAUUGCUGAAUCUCACAUUAUUUUAUUGCAUUGUUGCUCUUUCAUCUCGUCAAAAUUUAUGAACUGAAUUAUAGAAUUUAGAGCAUUAAUACUUUAAAUGAAAUCAAACGAGGAUGAAGAAAAGAUAUAUCAAUGCAAUACGUGUGGGAAAAGAUUUAAAUAUAAACAUAUUUUGGAAAAUCAUAUAAGAAUUCAUACGGGAGAGAGACCGUUUGUUUGCAAUAUUUGCGGAAUACGAUUUUCAAACUCUGGAAUUUUAAUAAAUCACAAAAGAGUACAUUCAGAAGGACAAAAAUUCAAAUGCAAUUAUCCAAACUGCACGUUUGAUACUAAAUAUAAAAGUAAUUUGCUAAGACACGUGAAGGAAACACAUUCACAAGGAAAGUCAUCUCAAAAACAGUCAAAAGACACAAAAGAAAGAAAGUAUCGAUGUAACACCUGUCCUAAAAGUUUUAUACUUCCAUCUGCUUUAAAACAACACAUGCUUUCUCAUUCAAAUGAAAAGCAAUAUUCAUGCGAUAUUUGUAAGAUGAAAUUCAGAUAUAAAUAUAGUUUAAAUAGACACAAGAAACGGCAGCAUAUACAACAAGAGACUGGAUCUAUCUCCAAAAAUAGCAUACAACAUGCUGAACAAGUGCAGGCUGAAUCGUUUCAAACACCAUCAACAAGUGCUCAAGCAACAGGUUUAAUUGAACUGGAAGCAGUUGCUUCAAGAGAAACUAUUUUUACACCAAGAGAAGUAGAAGAAUUCCUUGAACACUUUAACAUAGAUUCAGAAUUUAUGCAAAUGGAAACAUCCUCACAAAUGGAACUCAUCUCAGAAAUACUCGAUGUGAUAAACCCUUACGAUAACAUUCAUCAUGCUGAACAAGUGAAGGCUGAAUCGUUACAAACACCAUCAACAAGUGCUCAGUCAACAGGGUUAACUGGACUGGAAGCAGUUGCUCCAAGAGAAACUAUUUUUACACCAAGAGAAGCUGAAGAAUUCCUUGAACACUUUAACAUCGAUUCAGAAAUUAUGCAAAUGGAACCAUCCUCACAAAUGGAACUCUUCUCACAAAUAGAAACAGAAGAAAAUAAAUUUGAAUGUCAAUUCUGUAAAGAACAAUUUUCUGAUGAAAUUUCUGUAAAAGAACACGAAAGAAACAUUCAUUACUUUAAUUAAUUUUGACAAAUAUCGGAAGAUUGCGAAUGUUUUGUAUUUUAUAAUGGAAUCAAAAUUGAA